GUCGUUUGUUUCUCAAAAAUCACUAAUUCAUAUUUCUGUGCUAUUAUAAUAAAUUAUUUGAUACUUAUUGUAAAAUGGGUGUUUUUUUGAUGCGGUAAUAUUUUCCCAGUGUUGGUCAAUCACUGUGAAACGAUUUAUUUAAUCGUUUCAUAUAUAUUGGAUUAGUGAUUUUUCGUGUAGAUUUUCACUUUUUAGUUCAACAAAUGUAAAGCGUCUCAUUAUUAUAAUUAUUAUAGUUUUGCAUUAAGUAAUUGUCUGAUAAAAAUAACAGUAUUGAUUUGUAACGUUUUUAAUUAUCUAUUUAGUGGACUCAUUUUCUCCUAAAUGAUUUCAUGUCAUAAGUUGUUUUGUUAGAUAAAUCUGUAAAGGUACAAUAGUGGUUUGCUAACUGUUAAUCUAUGGUCUUUUAAUUCUCAUUUUAAAAUAUAUUUAAUAAUUAUAGUAGAGAGAGAGUUCACUACUAUCCUAAAUAUUAUGCACUUUAUGGCUCAGCAUAUAUCUUGUUAACAGUGAAAUCGAUGUAAGUUUGUAGAUAUUCGUUUAUUGAUUUGUCAUUUCACUGAGUUCACGCCAUAUUGAACAGUUUAAUCUUUCAAAUCAAUAAAGAAAUUGUCGUGUUCAGAUAAUUUACACUAAUUGACGAUGAACAUUUAAUUUUAAGCCUUCAAACUUCAAAGCAAAACAUUUAUUCAUUUUUCUCAUGCUUUAGUUAAUUAAUUUGGGAUUUUUUGAAACGAAUCAUUCCUUUGUAAUACGAUAUAUACUAUAUUUAACUAAUAUUGUAAUACAUAAGAUAAAAUAAAUAUUAGGUCUUUGUAUAAUAACAUUCUAAAACAGAUAACAUCCACUUAUAGAGAUCUUCACAUCCUUUUAUUUUAUGAUACGAAUUCGGAAGUGUUUAGUGAAUGCAAAUCAAGUGAAUAAUGCAUUACAAGCUGGUGCUUCUCAAUUCGAAGCUAGUGCUGGUAAACUGAAAAGAAAAUUUUGGUGGAAAAAUUGCAAAAUGCUAGCAGUAUUGGGUGUACUAGUAGUUAUUUUAAUUAUCGUAUUAAUUGUAUGGGUCGUUUCUGAACAAAAAAAUAAAGUUGAACAAAGUGGACAUUCAUCUCAUCAUCUUGUGAUGAAUAACACAUCGCAUUUAUUAUCGGAACCAGUGAUGAUGGAGCAUUCAAGAGAAGGAAAACCAAUUUUGCCUGAUGAUCAUAUGAUAGGUUCGAAUGAAGUAAAUAGUGGAACGCCACCGUCUUUUAAUUCUAAUAGAAUAAAAUCCAAAGGUUUUGAGAAAUUACGGUCACCUCCAUUGUCGUUGCCAACUUCUCCUUCGUAUACCCCCUCUUUCUCUUCGUAUCCCUCUUCAUCUCAACAUCAUUUUGAAAACAAUGAAACAUCAUUGUUUUAAUUGGAUAUUUCUUCAUGAAUCGAUUAUUGAUUAAUCUCCGAAUUGUGCCUGGGAUCAGUUAUCACUACACAUAUUCAUUUUCAUACGUACACCAUUGUUGUUAAUUGGUGAUAGUCAGUGUAAACCAAAAUAAAUGAUAUUUAUUUAUUUAUUUCAUGCACAUAUAAAACAAGAGAUCAUAUAACAUUGUUUUAUUCUCUUUCUUGCUCACUUGUUCAUCUGUUUUUGACUCUUUUACAAAACUCAAAUCAUCGAGACCACAUAUUAAUCAAUUAACACAUGUGCAUUGACAAAUUGUGUAAUGUGUUUUAGUCUGUUUUUAGUGUACAUCUUUGUCUGUCUAUCCGUAUGUCUUUGUCUGUAUGCCUUUAUGUAAUUAUGUAUGUGU